AUGGCAGAAAAUCCAAGGUAUGCUCGCCGGGGCCGCACACACUUUAGUGUGGAACAGCUCCAGGCCCUGAAACGUGUGUUUGAAAAGACCAUGUACCCAGAUUGGGCGACCACGGAGGAACUUAUUUCAAUUACUCAUCUUGAUGAAGAUGCGAGACUAGCCUUCUCAUGCCAAAAGAGCCUAAUUUCUGAGGAACACGAGAUUCCCCUUUGGACGCACCCCCCCUUUUAUGAACCUUCUCACCUCCUCUCUCCCCAGACUUGGUUCAAGAACCAGCGCAUCAAAAGGAAGAAAGAGCAGCAAGCAAAUGGAUCAAAUGCAUCACGAGAAUCACCAAACCGGACCAUUCCAGGCAAGGAGGAGGGGGAGUCCUUACCUAUAACUUCGGCAAACACUCAUCUCAAGAGUCCCAGCAUUUCGGAUGCCUCUGACCAUGAACUGCCUCAGUCUCCCAAGAAUGACGAACCUGGUCCCUCCAGAGGGAAUUCAUCUUGGGAUUCUCAGCCUUCUGAUCUCCAAGAGAUAUGUCUGGGGGACUCUGAUCCUCCUUGGGCCUCCAGUCCCUAUGACAUAGAUCAGUUUAUACAGCUAUAUGCCUUACCUGGGGAUGAUGAUCCCAGCAGUCUAGAUCAGUACCUCCCCCCCAAGUGCCGCAGUUGA